GAGAUGCUGGACACGGCGAACAGCCAGUUCGACUCCUUCCUGUACUGGAGGAUGCCAAUCCCGGAGCUCGACCUGACGGAGCUGGAGGGGCUGGGUUUGACCGACAUGGCGCUCUACAAACCCAAAGGAGGUUUGGGCAAGCGGUCCGGAGACUGGCCGCAGCUCGGGCAGGACGAAGACUCUCUCCUGCCGUUCAACAGCUUCAAUUUCUGGCGCGCGCCAAUUGCCAGCAUUAGCGUGUUCGAUUUUGAUCUGGUUUGAUGCUCGCCCCUCCCUCCCCCGUCCCUGUCAAUCAGGCCCAUGACCGGUCGUUUUGGUUAGGUCUCUGUGUUGUCCUUUGCUUUUUAAGUGGUUGUUGACGAUGCUAAUUAAGUCACUGCCCCCUGAUGAUGCCUCCAAGACUCACAAUCUGUUUGCUCCCCGCCCCCACACACACACUUGCCUUCUAUCUUCCUAAGGGUGUGUCUACACAGCAAACUCAGGUGUGGGCACACCUGAGCUGUGACUCUAGCUAGCAGGGGAACAGUAGCAGGGAAGAUGCUGCAGGCAGGCCAUUUCUCCAGAUUUAGGGCAGGCAGUCCUGGUUUUCUGUGGCUGGGCACCUCCCCAGUUCUGGUAUAAAACCAGACCGGGCUUUGUCCGGUCCUAUGCACAGAGGAUGCCAUGUUGAAGAGUGCACCCCUCCACCCCAGCCUAUGGGUUAGGGGCUGUGGAGCCUCCCCAAAAGUGGAGGGCCUAAGGGUCCCCACCUUACUCCAAAUCCCCCCACCCCCCUGAAGCCCAGAUCCCGCCACUUGCCUGGGGUGGGAGACCCCAAGAGCAGUCCCUGGUUCAUGCUCCCACCCCCCAGGCAAGUGGAGGGUUUGUGGCUCCCCACAGCUGCCCAGGUGAUAGGACUCAGAGCCACCGCCCCAGGCCUCUACCGUCUGAGUGACUUUUCUUUGGCCAGUAUAGGGUCUAUGAUGCACAGUGGAGCAGCUCUGAUUCCAUCCACCAGAGAGCAGCCGCACAGCUGUACGCUUCCCUGGGCUCCAGCUGCCAACCUGGCCAGGGGGCGGAGCCUGGGGAAGGACGUGGAGAGGGAGGGACAGGGCCCCGCCUGUUCUGGCACCUCAGCUGGGGUCUUUUCAACGUGGCAUCCCAUGCGGACACACCCAGGGGGGCAGGGUCACACAGCUGGGGUCAGCCCCACAGUGUUCCCAGAAGUACUAGAAUGUCUGGGAUUUCUGGGGAUGCGGCAGUCGCCCCCUUAAUACGCUGUGGCCGAAGCUAGCUACCAGAAUCCCUGGGUAUGUUUUCAGGGUGUCAGCCUACCCUGUCUACACUGCUCUUGUGACUCACGGUGCGGAGACCAAAUCUGGCAGGGCCUUGCCGAGCCAGGUUGCCGUUGCUUCUUCCUGGGCAGGGUGGAUGUGCCUGGGCUGAGCUCGGACAUGUCGGAAGCCACGCUGGCUGUGUCUUGGUGUGAGCAGGCAUCGUGCAACAGCUCUGGCCGGGCCUGUGCGAGGACAUGCCAGAGAACCGGGAAGGAGCAGUAGGACCUGAGCUCACGCCUCUUGUGCUUUAUUACGAAACGUGCAUGCAAACAAGAGAGACCCUCGCCUCUCCCAGUGCCCCUAUUAGCUGGAGUCUGCGUUCGGGUUGUAAAAUCCCGUUUAAUUGGUUAACUGGUUAAACAUGAUGGCUGCGUCUAGACUGGCAAGGUUUUCCGCAA